UUUAGGUCACGGUAAAAAAAGAAGAAAAAAAUAUUUCACAGUGAACUAUUUGCAGUUUGAUGAGUUUGACUGGAAAUAUUUCACUUUUUUCAACAAGUGAUGGAAGCUUGUGGAAUUUUAAUUGAUCUAAGCGAGCCCAUUGAAAACAGCCCAUUAAAGCCAGCCCACAGUAAAAGCCCACCUCUCAGUGAGGGAUCAAGGAAAAGCCCUGAUGCUACAGACAUCCAGAGGAAAUCUGAAGACAGCCAGGACUCACUAGCUGAUUCCAUAGAAAUAGAGAGAAGUUGUGACAGAAGAGGAAGCUACACCAUUGAUAGGUCUCAGCUUCUACAGGAUCUAAGUGAGAUCACUGCAGAGAGUGACAGUGACCAGACCAGACAUAUCCCCCCGGCAGGAGGCAUUCAACUUUUGGAAGAUGAAGAAUUUGACUUUGACCUUCCCCUUUCCCCUGCUGUUAGAGUCCUCAGUUCCCCCACAGCUGUGGAUGAAGACGAUGAAGAAGUUUUUAUUGGACCGAUAGGAUUCACUGAGAAGUGUGUGGCCACAGUGGUGUCAGAAAUUGCUCCCCUUCAGGAGCCCAUCAAACCUCUCAGCCCCCUGAAGCCUCACCAGAUAGCCGAGAUCUUCAAGGAGGCCCAGCUGGUGGUGUAUAGGAUAAACAAUGAGGAGAAGGACGAAGAAGGAAAGGGGGCUAAACGAGAAUCCUUAGGCAGGAGGGGAAGAGCCCAGACCCCGGUCAAGCACCAGAGAAAGGGAACUUUCACAGAGAGCCCAGACGCAUUUAUUCGACUUCCAGAGAGCGUUGUCAAAGCCAUGCCCGUGAUAGACAUUGAAAUCAAUGAUCCUUUCGAGACAAAAGUGGAGGAGAACAAGGAAAAUUCCCACAACGCGGUCACCAGUAGGCUGGCUGCUCCCAAGAGCAGAACCCUGACAGGAACAACACAAUCUGGCAAGGGACAGAGUCGAAGUGGCCACUGUAUGAAUGAUGCUGCAGCCAGCGACACUGAUGACUGCUGCAGUGUGACCUCAGACACCAGCGAGAGUUCCCUCUCCCGCCUCCCUGUGAACAGACCCGGAGUAGCCAAGUCCAAGGUUUUGACUGGAAAAACUGGACUGAAGAGACCUUCCAUGCUAAAACCUCCUGGUGCCAACAAAUCUAAUGAAAAUCUGUCGACCAGUAUCAAUUCAGCCUCAAAAACAACAAGCAGUACCUCAGUUAGCUCAAAGAUAGUUCCUCCUGCCAAGUCACGCAGAAGCUUGAAUACUAGCAGCAGAAAGUCUUUAGGGCUAAACACAUCAGGGAUACCAAACAGUUGUAAACCAGCUGGCAAUAUUACCACCAAGGAGACAGAAAAUCUGAACAGAAAGGGUCCCACAACCAGGCUAAGUCUGGUGAAGCCUGGCACCAUUCAGAAACCAGUCAUCAAAGCACAGCAGCAGACGACCGAGAGUAAAGGUAGAACAGGUCCGUUGAAGGCUCUUCCCAUCACCUCAAACAUCCCAGAGAAAGCUGGAACAGUAAAGCCUGGCCUGACCAAACAGAUGUUGCUGAAUCCUGAAGUCUGUACCCCAGUGAAAGCGGACAAAAAAGUCCAACCCAAACUUUUGUCCACCAACUUCACAACGCCAGUCAGAUCUAAUUCUGUUAGUUCCUGUACCCCUGCAUCUGCUCGCAGAAAAUCCUGUCUGCCGACUCCUCAGAAAACGCGUUGCGGCUCCACCAGCUCUAUACCACAGCCCAGCCCAGUGGUCAAGCCCAGCGGUAACUCCACCCACAGACCCAGCAGUAGCUCCACCCACAGGCACAGUGUGUCAGAGUCCCCAUUCGUCAAUCGCAGUCUGACGAACACCAUUUCUACAGGAAAGAGAGAAAUUCCAAAAACUAGGCACUCCAUCGCGGGAAAAACCAGUCCUAUAAAAUCCAUUCCCAAGAAAUCAGCGGUUCGGGGCAUUUAUCAGGGUCGCAGAAGUUUGGCAGUGUACAAGACUACCGCAAAGUAACAAGAUGGCGACAAAGUAACCAGAUUACAGAGGGGGACUAGUCAACCAGUUAUCAGUUGUACAUGUACAAUGAGAAAAGGGAAGACAUUCUUUGAACAGAGAUGGAAAUAUCAAUGUUUUACAUGAAUUAAUGUUGGAUGAAUUUUUAAUGUUUAUAAGAAAAUUUCAACUGACUUCAUUUUUAAUUAUCAUGUGUUUUCCAUUUAAAUUGUGUACCGUAAUUAUAAUUGUACAAAGCCCUAUUCAUUUUAGUUAAUUGUAAGUUAUAUUUUUUUUGUACACAUGAUAAUAACUAUUCAUUGUUUGAUCACUCAUUGAUGAGCAAAUGAAACAAUGGAUUGUGUCAAUCCAAGUGUCGUAGACCAUCGUAACCUUGCCUAUAUGAAGGGAGCUGCAUACACGUCUUAAUUCUGUCAGUUAUGAUCAUAAACAUAACUCAAUAGGCCAUUUUACUUCUACUAGUUGUUUUUUCAAGUCCAACUUUCCAAAAUUUUCAAGAAUUUGAAAUAAAAUAAUAUUUUCAAGAUUAUGAAAUAAAAUAAGAUUUAAAAAAUUUGAUAUAUAAUAAUUUUUUUAAGAAUUUGAAAUAAAAUAAUAUUUUUGAUUUUGCUCUUUUUUUUCCUUUAAAAAUUUGAACUACAGAAAUAUAAAAUGGAUGAAAAGUUAACUGAAGGAUGUUAACCCAACUAUAAAAUCAGCAUGAAGAUAAAAUGAGAUUUAAACAUUAGCUUUAAAAUAGAAAAGAAAAUUGCAUUUCUAUUUUGGUGGAGAAUCAGUGGAUGUAAAUACCACAUUACCUAAAAAAAAAAUUGGGGGGGGGGGGAAAUGUCCCUUAAUUUUUAAUUUUUUACAACCUACUGACAAAUAUUUGGUCUAAAAAUACUCGAAAAACAACUAAUAAGAAAGAAAGUGGCCUUAAGAACUUAUUUACCUAGUAUGUUGUAUUAUCAUGCAUAGAUUUAGUGUUAAUCUUCAUGAAAAAGGUACUGGUUGUUGGCAUAGUGAUAUUCAAAUGUAUAGAACUACCGGUAUAUUGUAUAUCUAUAGCCUGAGCUCACUAUCUGUAUGCUCUGGAGUUUGAUUAAGUUUGUAACGGAUAAAAGAAAAACUUCAUCCAGGAAGUCUGACCCAGCUUUGUUUGUUAGGGUUGGUCAGUGUGGUGUUAAUCUAACAUUAUGAACACUAGACAGGUUUCUCCCAUCUGCUUCAGUGGUUUAAUUAAACAAGAUGAAAAGGCAGUUUUAUGCAUUUGAGGUGGGAAGCAGACAUUUUAUGACAGAGACCUGUCCUGUUAUUCUCUGAUACAUGUAUUGUGAUAUCUCAUUGUGAUCAACACUUCUAAUAAAUUUUAUAGAAUACGA